UGGUUUACGUAUUAUUGUGAGCAUUAUUGAAUUGCGGAAUAAACACUACGUAUUAUUGUGAUCACUAAGGGAGAAGCAUUGUUUUUAACUUUACUGAAAAAAAAAGCAAAAAAGAGAAAACGGGUGUUUGGUUUACAAAACAAUGGCAUCACGACUUCUAUCUCGGCGUCAUUUCGUCAUAUUUGGGAAAAAUUUGAAAUCCUAUGCCAAAGCUCUGCAACAAACUGAGUGUAGAAGCUUUUCUUCCCAAGGGAGUGGAGAUAAACGCCAUCCCCAUGCAAUUGUGCUUUUAGAAGAGAAUGCUGAUGGUACAACAGUAUGGCCAGAUCCUAGUUUGGGCUUAUUAGGUCCUAAAGAUUUGAGAAUGCCAUUACCUGGUAAUGUUGGGUUUUCCCAUCGCCUUUCUCUGCAUUUACCAUCUGUUACACACCAAAGCAAAAAACAUGCUCUGAAAGAUACAGAACUGCUCAGUACGAUAACUAACUAUGAAAGGCAGUAUCAAGUUGUAAAGCAGUCAAUUCAGGAGGAUGAUGAACUUAAUUCAGAAGAAAUUGAAGAACUUUUACUGGAUUUACCUCAACCUUCUGAUGUCCUAGAAUGUGUAGCCCAAGAUUGCCCUAAACUUGUCAAAAAAGAUUUUGCUGAACUUUUUCCGAGUCGUGAUGUGAGUUUCGGCCCAUUAACUGUCGUCACUCUUGCCCAAAAAACCAAAAGCGACAUGAGUGAAUGGAGUGAAGUUGUGGAGUACGAAAGGGAGGAGCUCGUCGCAUGUUUCGUUGACGCAGCCAAAGAAAUUUGUGAACAACUGCAGAACGGUGGUUAUUGGUCCGACUUUAUCGAUCCUACCUCUGGACGUCCUUAUCUAGGAAGCUAUACAAAUGCUACGUUGUUUGAAACAGAUGAACGUUAUCGCCAUUUAGGAUUUUCUAUUGAAGAUCUUGGAUGCUGUAAAAUUAUUCGUCAUGGUCAAUGGGGAACUCACGCUUUUGUUGGUUGUAUUUUUACAAAUGCCCCUUUCGAUAGCAAGGCGCUGCAAGACGUUCUUCGCAAUCAGCGUCAGAAAAACUAACUCAAUCCGAGUAGAUGUGUGUAGAAAGAGAUAUGUCGGCUAAUUAAUGCUGAACGAGGCGGCGAGAACAGACAUUCACCUAUUUAAAUAGGAUUUACCGUUCAAGAGUCGACAUCUACGUUUACCGGUUCAGUUGUUUUGGCGUCAACGUCAAAUAGUACGAUCUUCGGAAAAACUGAAAUUUGUGAAAACUGUUCUACCAUAAGAUUUCUAAUACUUCCUAAAUGUUCUGUGAAAUUUAUUUGCUGAGGGGAUAAAAAAAUUGAAAAUCUCA